CCCUCUCCAUCGAUUCCUUCGUCCUCGAAAAUCUUCUCGUCGCUCGCAAUGUCUGCCAACCUCUCCAAGCUCGAGGCCCACCUCGCGACCCGCUCCUACGUCGAGGGGUACACUCCCUCGCAGGCUGAUGUCGCCGUCUUCAAGGCCAUCGCCUCUGCCCCCGAUGCGUCCGCUAACCCACACGUUUCGCGCUGGUACAACCACAUCAAGUCGUACACCGCCGAGUUCGACUCCCUCCCUGGCUCCAGCAAGGCUGGUGAGGCCUUCUUGGGCGCGGAUGCCGCUCCCGCCGCGGCGGCGAAGGCAGAGGAGGACGACGAUGAGGUCGACCUCUUCGGCUCCGACGACGAGGAGGACGAUGCCGAGGCCGAGCGUGUCAAGGCUGAGCGUAUCGCCGCCUACAACGUGAAGAAGGCCGGCAAGCCCAAGACCAUCGCCAAGUCCGUUGUCACCUUCGAGGUGAAGCCUUGGGAUGAUGAGACCGACAUGGAAGCGCUCGAGAAGUGCGUUCGUUCGAUCGAGAAGCCCGGUCUCGUCUGGGGUGCCAGCAAGCUCGUCCCCAUCGGUUACGGUAUCAGGAAGCUCCAGAUCACCCUCGUCGUCGAGGACGAGCUGGUCUCUCUCGAUGAGCUCCAGGAGCAGGUCGCUGAGUUCGAGGACUACGUCCAGAGCUCCGACGUUGUUGCCAUGCAGAAGCUCUAGACUUGUAUUCUCGCGUUUACUUUCGGGUGUAUGGUGGGAUGUAUCGAUGCUGUGUACGGAAGACAGAAAGAUCGAAAGCAGUAAAACUCUUGUUGUAACCAUCUCUAGAAUGCCAUGUUGCAUUCCACGUCUCUAGUCA